UGCAUUCAAUAGAUUAUAAAUCUCCUUCAUUCAUAUUUCUUUUCAUCUAUACAAUAAAAAAGGUGUUCUAUGAAAGAUAUAGUCUUUUUUCAGAAAGCAAAAUAUAACCAUACGAGUUUAAAUUAUGUGCACGACAUUUGCCUGCGAAAACAUAAAAUGUUCAGCUCUUUGAACGUUUAUGUUUUCGAUCAGCUGUAGCGCCAAGCUCGCGCUAGAUGCGAUCUACUCCAGGCUGCCACCACAGCUGUGGUAUAUUCAUGCAUGUGUCACACGCUGAGUUGAGAGCAGCAGAGCAUCACCGGGAUUUUUUAAGCUUGGGACAAAUAAUUGAUGAAGACUUCUGAUCACAAACUCCAACUCAUAAAUGGGCAACCUUCAUGGAUGACACUCUUGCCUUUUUGGAAGCCCAUGUGAGAACUGGUUGAAUCAAAGAUUUCAAUCAUAUCGGUGAUAUCUUCAUAUUUCAAACUUUCUUAUGAAGCAACUAUUAAAGCUAGUGAGGCAUAUUAGGAGAGGGCGCCAUGUCAGGUAAAUGUACUUUGAUCGUACCCUGGAAUUGAUGUGUGCUGUCAUCAUGCAUAAUGAGUCGGUCGAUGAAUGUCAAUUUUGAUGGAGCACCAUAAAAAAUCUUUUGCAAGAUAUCUUACGUCUUUGUGAAGGUGUUGACAAAAUGAGCGAGGAGUUUUUAUCACCACCAGGGAAGUUCAGUUCAGGUCAUUAAUAUCUUGUCAAGGGCUUUCAUCUUGUGUUCUUUCAAUUCAGCAGAAGAUGUAGAUUUACCUUGAAUUGGUUUAGAAUUGUUAAGAACUCUGCAGCAAGGAGAAGAAGUUGCACGUUGUGAAUGAUUCACACAGCUACUCUAGUUUUGUAUCCCCAUCAAGUGCGAUUAAUCACCAUCACUGCCAAGCUCUUCUUUUGUGACUGUUUGCCGAGAGAGAUUUAUCGAGGCUAAAAGCAAACACCAUGGAGGCCAGGAGGAAGAUACCCCACGAUGCGAAGCCCGAGUCCGUCAUUAUCGAUGUUCAGUCAGACUCGACGGACGGUUACAGCCAGCUGAAUGAGGACAUACUGGAGGAGUGUGGGAAUAGCAUCACCGACUCUGAUUCUAACUCUAGCAUCGUCCACUCAGUCAUUGUUGUAGACCAAGCCUGUAGCACCCUUGACAGGACCAAACGGACCAGUCCUCAAGCUGAUCCGGACGUUCUGGUCCAGUCGGUGAAGACUCUUACAACACAGAUCAAAGCGUUGACGGACAACACAAAACAGCUGGCACUGGAGGGCUUGUCGCUGCGGAACGAGCUUGAGAGGGUGGCGGAUCAGGUAGAUCAAGCAGAGAAGUCAGAUGAACUCACAAAGCUCCUUGCUGUAGAGAAGCUGAAGAAACAGUUGACCUUCGGUCCAGGAAGAGGAAGUGAUCAAAAGAGGAAAGGUCAAGGAGAUCAACCCAGUGGAUCUGAGAUGGACCAUGCAAUUGAACUGCAAGAGAGGAAAUCCCCAGAGCUUGUUCUAUCCGCUGGGCCAAGCCCCAUGGCUACCCUCAAGAAGUACGAAGCCAGGACGCCGGACACCCAACGCCUGACCAACCUACCCAGUAGACCACCGGUCAAACUAGAGUUUGAAGAUAUCACGUACAGCGUCCAGGUCGGCGGGAGCUGCUGUAAGAGGCAAAGAGAAUGCAAGACGAUAUUAAAUGGUCUAUCUGGCUGUUUUCUACCCGGUGAAUUGAUCGCUAUCAUGGGACCGUCCGGAGCAGGGAAAUCAUCAUUCAUGAAUGUAUUGGCUGGAUACAAAACUACAAUGACCAAGGGAACAGUGUUGGUGAAUGGAGAGAUUCGUGAUCCCCAGUUGUUCAGAAGAAUGUCUUGUUAUAUUAUGCAAGACAGUCACUUGUUACCACAUCUUACCGUGAGGGAGGCCAUGUAUGUCGCAGCCGGGCUGAAACUCCCUCGCAGAAUGAAAUGGAGCGAGAAGAAGGUUGCGAUUGAUGAGAUUAUGACCCUGCUUGGUCUUAUGGAAUGUGCUAAGACCAGGACCUCUCAGAUCUCUGGAGGCCAGACAAAGAGACUUGCCAUAGCCCAGGAACUGGUCAACAACCCGCCCAUCAUGUUCUUUGAUGAACCUACCAGUGGCCUUGAUAGCUUGUCAAGUCUGACAUGUGUUAAACUCCUGAAGAGCUUAGCCCAUGGAGGGAGAACAGUUAUCUGUACGAUCCACCAGCCUAGCGCCAAACUCUUUGAGAUGUUUGAUAAGCUCUAUAUUUUAGGAGAAGGCCACUGUUUAUACAGAGGGACGGUAUCUAACCUGGUUCCUUACCUACAUUCCAUGGGUUUCGUAUGCCCUCCAUAUCAUAACCCGGCGGAUUUUGUCAUAGAACUUGCCUCUGGUGAAUAUGGCACAGCCGUGGAGCAACUAACCAAAGCAGUAGAGGACGGAGAAUGUGAGAGGUUUAGUAGUCACACCAGCCAGUCAUCGAUACAGGGGGCAUGCGGGGGCGUGGCCGUUGCUAAUGGCAACUCACACACCAACAACGGCAUGGCGACGGUGGUGAUUCAGGAACCGGAUGGGAUCAGCACCAAAAUAACGACAGCAGAGAACAAAUUACCAGACUUUUUGACAACAAGUUUUGGAACAGAUGUCUUCAUGCAGUUCUGGGUUCUAUUCAAGAGAACGUUCAUCACCAUCUUCAGGGAUCCUACUCUGACUCACACCCGAUUCUCCUCACAUGUAGUAAUAGGGGUCUUAAUCGGUCUGCUCUAUCUUGAUAUCGGUGACGAUGCAGGCAAGGCAUUCAACAAUGCCGGCUUCUUGUUUCUUUCUAUGCUCUUUCUCAUGUUUUCUGCAAUGAUGCCUACAGUAUUAUCAUUUCCACUUGAGAUGAAUGUAUUAAUCCGAGAGCAUCUCAAUUACUGGUACAGCCUCAAAUCGUAUUACAUCGCUAAAAUGAUGGCCGAUCUACCAUUCCAGAUCUUAAUGCCUGCUGUAUACUGUACAAUCGUCUACUGGAUGACGGGGCAGCCUUCAGAUGGCGGUAGAUUCCUGUUAUUCAUCUCCAUGGCAAUAUCAACGUCACUAGUGGCACAGUCGUUAGGAUUAAUUAUAGGUGCAGGGCUGCCUUUAGAGGUGGCUGUGUUUGUAGGUCCAGUCUCUAGCAUUCCCAUCCUCCUCUUCUCCGGAUUCUUUGUCACUCUGGAGAACAUCCCUAGUUACCUCCGUUGGAUGAGCUAUGGAUCCUUCGUCCGCUACUCCUACGAGGGGGUGAUGAUCUCCGUCUACGGUCUCGAUAGAGGCCCCAUUCCCUGCAAGAGCCAGGACCACUGUAUAUUCGAGACCGCCCAGGACAUUCUCGAUGAGCUGGACAUCGGCUCGGACAACCUCAAAUUGGACUUUGGCGUUUUGGCCGUCUUUUUCAUCGUUCUGCGGGUCAUAUGUUAUUGCAUUCUGAGGAUGAAGGUCAAGAGACUCUUCUAGGCAAGCAAUCGUCCAUUAUUUAUAUUCCAAGUUUGUUUCCAAAAAGAUUUUAUGAAAAUUGAGAAAAGUCAUCAAGAUACUCCUUGUAUGGGUAUUUCUUGUAUUGUCCAUGCAUUUGAAGGUUCCAUGUCAAUGCCAGUGAGAGGAACAUCUGUAUUUAGUAUUUUGUUUGUUAUUCUGCUUUUUUUCUUUCUUUUACCAAUAUCGGUUCACUACACAAGAUUUUGUGUUUUUCACAAGACUGCACCUGUGCAGUGAAUGACUGGAGAAGAAGAACAAAAUUUACUUCAUUAAGGCAUAUUUCUUCAUAAGAACCUAAGCCUUAGUCCUUUACAGAUACUUCCAUGCUGUUUAUGAUGUCGUUGAUGCUAGUAAGUAGUCAUUCAACUAGUAUUUUAAGUAAUCAAUUCCUCUACUUCUCAGUAUGUACAUGUAUAAGCGUUCGAGCAAAUGUAUUUCUCAGACUUUUAUUAAAUGUGACAGUUUUUGCUGCCCUGUAAUUUUGCACUCUAUGCAAAAAUGUAGAAAUACAUCCAUGCAACACUUGUUCGUCACAAUUCACCCAUUACCAUUAAACAUCUUUUUUUUAGAUAUCUCUCAGUUUUGAUGAUAUUUAAUUCUUUAUAUCUUUUUGAGGAGAUAAAUUACCAGGCUACAUCCUGCUAUUAAAACAAUAUGUGCUGGCUUUGCUAACUUCAUCAAACCUUAUUUGAUGUUUAUGAGAGAAUGUCUUUCUACACUGCUUUAAGUAUUAUGUUGUAGUUAAAGAAGUAGUAAGUUUGAAACAUAUAUGACCAAAAAGCUGAAAUCUGAUUACCUCUAAUACGUUAUAUAAACCUGUGAAAAUUUCAGGUUCAGGAGUUUAUGUCUUUUUUUAAAGUCAUUUGAUGUUUUUAUUUCAUUGGUAUGAUUUGAAAUUGCAUAAUCAUCUUGUCAUUUGAUAAUUAUUUAUAAUAGAAUGUUCGGUUGAGCAUGGGGAAACUAAAGUCCCACCCCUCCCCCCUUUGAAUAAAUAUUUCAAAGUUUGUACUGCAGCCCAUGUGAUGUGGAGUUGUCUCCUAUUAUUCCUAUUGAGCCAAACAAAGCAUACACACAAUUGCCCCCUCCCUCUUAGCAGGUCGCAUAUUAUAAAUGAGAGAAAAAAAUUAUCUAGAAUGCAUUCUGCUAUUCCUUUAUGUUCUUUCAACAUAACCCUAUCUUACAUGUAUAAAAGUCCCAGUGUUGCAUUUGAUAAAAUCUACAUGCUAACUAAAAUAUUAAAGCAUAGGGUGCAGAUCAUGGAAUUUCUAUAAUGCAGUUCAUGUUAUCACCAUUUUACACCUUUCCCCAUUCAUAUAUAUUGCCCUCAUCUUAGACUCAGGCCAAUAUGAUUCCAUUGGAGUCAAUAUAUAUGAUGUUUCCCUCAAGACCAGUCAAUAUUUUAUUCAUGUAAAUAUCCCCAGGCUGAAUCUACAUGUAUUUCAUUGUAAUAUCACAUUUUUAUAUUGACACCACCUGAGGCAAUUCUCCAUUUGUUGGUGUUUAUAUCAUGUUAUAUUGACUGCUAGCACAUGCAAUAUUUCUUUGUAUACACAUGCUUUUGUAAUAUGUUCACUGUGCAAUAUGAAUUAGUUUGUGAUAAAUAUUGAAGGAUAUUUUUUUUAUAUUGGUACUAGUUUGAACAAACUCUAAUAUAACAUGUAUCAAUUUUUUUUAUUGACAUCACUUUGGUAACAGGCUAUUUGCAAAAACACCCUUUUGCAAAUUUACAACCCCCGCAGGCUGUAAGGAGAGAGUAUAUUGUUUCUAAUGAUAUUGAUUAGAAUAAACUCUGGAAUUGUCACAUAGAUCAAUAUUGUAUGUUGACAUGAUAUUUGUUUUUUUACAGGAUAUUUGUAAUAAUCGUUUUCUUAAUUGAAACAUAUACUUUAUCAGAUAUCAAGAGGCUUUUAUUUCUUUUGAUACGAGUAAACUCUAAUACUGUUAUACCAGUAAAUAAAUGUUUAUUGACAACAUAUGUGGCUGCAGGCUAUUUGCAAUAAUCCUUUUGUAAAUUAUCAAGUCCUGUGUGAAAUAAAAUAUAGUAUAUAGAAAAAAAAUUGUUUCUAUUGAUACUAGUGAAAAUCAAUCUCCAAUAUUGAAAUACAAGUAAGUUUUUUAAAUAUUGACACCACCCUGCUUUCCGGCUAUUUGCUGUCACAAGCCCUUUGAAAAGUUACAACUCUAUUAUGCUACAAUAUUGCUGUUUUAUAUGUAAAAAUAGAGUAUCAAUAUUCAGUGAGUUAACUUAAAUAAAGUUAUUGAUAAGUUCAAGAUUGAUAUUGCUCUGUGUCAAAUGCCACAAAACAAUAUUAAAAAUAUAUUUCUUGGAGAGCAGGACUCUCUUUGAUUAAAAGAUUCCAUUUACAACUUUCUCUAGUAUUGUCAGAAUACCAUCUCUGCACCUACAUUUUAUUCUUAUCCACAUAGUUAAAGGUUUCAUUUUUUUAAUUAGUCAAUUGCUAGAUCAUGUGAUUACAGAUAGUUUGGUUUUUGUAUGUCUGUUUGUUUUGCAUCUUUCAAGGCUUAGAUGUGUGGAAAAAAGUGUAAUAUCGUAAGAUUGCAGCUUAUAUACUUGAUUAGAGUGUGCUAGUGCAUUAAGUAAAAUGUCAUUCCAAAUACACUUACUCGUAGCCAUUCCUUGGAAACUAUAAAUUCCCAUAUCUCCUUUUGCCAUCGUAAGAUGUGUAGUGG